CUUUCUCUCAGACGUGUUGGCGCUUCUCACUCAAUGGCGAAGACUCGAAGAGGUGAGAAAGCAGCGAAAGCAGAAGCUGAUGACAGUGGCGAUGGUCUCGAAAUAAUCUCCGUCGGUUCACUCUACAAAGGAGCAUGGGACAAGAAGUACUGGACUACCUCUAGGGGAAAAGAUCGGUAUCCAUAUCCUGUUGGUUAUCAGGCUGUUCGAGCUUACAAUGGGAUCACUUUUAAGAUGGAAAUUUGUGAAGGUGUCAAUGGCCCUAGAUUUUUGAUCUCUUCUGAUGAUGGGAGUUCAUGUUCUGGGAAAACGCCUGACCAACCAUGGGAGGAAUUUCAGAAGAAAAGUUGCCCCCGCAUCAAGAUUUGGCAUGGAAAGAGACUUUCACCUAGGAUGGAUGGCUUGGAGUUUUUUGGGUUCAAAAAUCAGUCUAUCCAGAGGUUGCUCCGUGAACUGGUAACAAAUGUAAAUGAAAUAGCAGAACGGAGCUUGGUAUCCCCAAACACCUAUGAGGGGGUUGCUAGAGCAGAUCAUGAUGAUUGCUGCCCAAAUGUAGGCACAUAUCCUGAUUUACUACUUUACCUCGGAAAACCACACGUUACAAGGAAGAGAAGCAGAUGUGAACUCAAAAACAAAAAAUUAAAUGUACGAGCUAGACCUCAGUCUCCAGAAUUCAUAUGUAGUGAACCCUCAAAUGUAAAGAACGAGAAGAGUUGUGGUCAGGGGAGUUCUACAACCCAUUAUGGUUCAGAAGUACCUGAGGUCCACAAUCAUAUAAAGAAUCGUCUUGAAAUUUCUAAUAAUAAAGAAGUGGGAGCUAUGCCUUCUGAAGGGACAACUGGUUUUCUCUUUUCUGAAAGUUGCAGGGCUAAAGAACUAACUGAAAACUUGUCCACAGAAGAACCUCUUCAUAGGUCGCGUUAUGUGGAGUUGAAGAUGUCUAAUUUGUUGGUGAAAUCAGAAGACAAUAAACUAAUGCAGUCACAUUCUAAGGAGUCUGUAGGUUGUAUUGACAUUGAUCUGUGUGCUCCUGAUACCCUAGAUUUUGUGCAAGAAAAUACUCUUGAUUCUGGCCCAAGUGAACCAGAUAAAAAUGCUUACAUUAAGACAGCUUGUGAGAUCACAUCUGGAGAAUUGUUAAAUGCAGAGCAUGAAAAAGUGGUCAAAUCUAAUUCAAAUCGCUCUGAAAAAGGUGACUUUGGUUCAGCUGGCCAUGAUGUAGCAAACUCGAUGAUGUCACUUCUGCUUCCUCAGGCAGUUCCUCUACUGAGGUCUGUUUCAACAGAUAAGGAGCUUAUCAUUAGUCCUGCAGAUAUGCCACCUUCUCAGGUCAAUUCGAAGGACGAACAUGAUAAAGUCGGACAUAGUUUGGAAGUAGCCUCAUCUGAUGUAAUAAUGAUAGAGGCUGCACAGGUGGAACAUGGAGAGACGAUACAUGGGCAUACAGACCCACAUUCAGACACUCCUAAUUCUGAACAUAUGAAGUGUAUCGUUCCUGACAGUUUUGAAUAUAGUCAAUGUGAUAAUUAUAAAACUAAUCAGGAAAUGUUAUCUACUGAUCUUGCUGAAGCUGGUCGAUCUAGUUUCAAUAUAGAAGUGUGUUCUCAGCAGUUUAUUGGUCAUGACAUGCCAAACAUAACAUCCACAAGUCAUGCUUCUGUGAUGGACUUUGAAGACAUUCCUCAGAAUUUUGAUGUAUGCAUUCCUGAAUCUGUUCUAGAUGACAUGUCUCUUGAGGAUCGGGUUAAUUCUGGAAGAAGGGAGGAUAAGUAUAUAGAUGUGAAAGAAAAUUCAGCACAUGUUAGUCUCAGUUAUGCACAAAAGGACUCUCCAACUGCUCAGGAUUUUAGUGGAGGUGUUAGCAAUGCAUUCUCUGGGGACAAAUUUAAACUUUCUACUCCUCAAAUGUCUACUACCAAAGACACUUUACAUUCCUCGGAAGUUAUUCUAGUAAACAAUUCAAAUGAUAAACAACGUGAACCAGAUGAGGCUGCAGGUUUGUGUGUUCAAACACCUCAAACUUGUAGGGAUGUUCUGAUUGGACAUAGUAAUCUAGUUGAACAAAGCCUAGCAACAUCUCAGAAUCCAACCCCGUUUGCUGAACAAAAUAAGUGUCUUGGUACCAAAGAAGCUCAAUUAAUUUCAGAACCAAUGCCACUGCAAAACGAGGAACUUAAGAGUAAUAUGGGAAGCAGUGUUAAGUUUGUGGGAUGUUACUUGCACCCAAUGCCUGUUUCAUCAUUAUUUUUGAGCACAAGAGAGGAUGAAGUCCAUGUUUGUGUCUUAUGUGGCCAACUGACAGAUCAGUACAGGACCUUGUUUACUUACAAGGUAGCCAUUGCUGGACCAACACUAGGAUGCCCUUCUGUCAUGGCUCACAGCUCAAUACUGUUACCCGAUCCAAAACAUAUGUUCAUAAAGGAUACUCUGGUGGAAACAUCUGGGGUGCAGUUGACUCCUGGUGGACAGUAUAUUGUCUUAAUAGGCAGCAUAAAGACCCCCAAUUGCAGGGAAGGAAAAAUUGAUUGUUCUUGCUCAAAAUGUACAUCAGUCUUGUAUGAGAAGAAUGCAUUGAAGAUUGUCCAAGUAGAACACGGUUAUGUAUCAGUUGUAACAACAUUGAAAACGGUUGACAAUGCGCAUUGUAUAUUGGUGUGUGAACCUAACCGACUUGUUUCUGUUGGAGAGAGUGGGAAACUGCAGGUGUGGGUCAUGAAUUCAAAUUGGAGUGAAAAAACAGAGCACUUCAUUGUUCCAGCUGAUGGCACGGCAUCUCCUGGCAUUGUGGAGUUGAAGAAGGUUCCUAAGUCUACUCAUUUAGUUGUUGGUUUUACUAGCUAUGGGGAAUUUAGUUUAUGGGAUAUUGCAAAUUGUAAUUGUGUAGCAAGAUUCUCCGCUAUAAAAAGUCCAAUAAAUGAGUUCUUUCCAAUAAGCUUGUUCCAGUGGAAAACAAAAGACUCAGGUACUCACAGCUAUGCCAGCAUGGAGGAGCAGGCUGAUAAACUUUUAAAAGCAACCAAUUCGUGGUACACACAGCAAGGAGAGACCUCUUGGUUUUCACCAUUAGAGGAAGAUGUUGCUAUGUGGCUUUUUGUCUCGACUUACUCUGAUCAGGAUUGUUGCCAAAAUCCUAUUUCAACUUCAAGCAGUUUUGAUAUACAUACAGCUAGAAGUUGGAGGCUUGCACUUGUAAUGAAAAAUAGCAUAAAUUUUGGAAGUCCCUUGGAUAUAAGGAUUUGCGGUAUUGGUGUUUCCUGUGGUUAUGGAAUCGUCGGUACAAACGAAGGCGUGGUGUAUAUGUGGGAGUUGUCUAAAGGAUCCAAGCUUGAUACUCUGCAUCAUUUCCAAGAUGGCCAUGUUGCAUGUGUUGCUACCGAUAAUUCGAGAGGUGCCUUAGGAGUGGCUGGUGGAGGGCAGUUGUUGCUUUAUCUACACCUUGCUGAGCUAGACUCAGACUAACUGGUGAACACGAAAGUGUUCUUUACCCACCGAUCUUACGAACUUGUGUUGAUAUUUGGAAUCAUUUGUUUGUAUCUGAAUUGCAGCAAUGUUCUUCAUUUUGAGAAUUGCUAAUAGUGUUCCAGCUCUUCAUCAAAUUAGUGUUUCUAAUCUGUAUGAGCGACUGUAUAUUCAAUUUAUUGUAUGUAUAUAUCACCAGGGGAUGUGAAUUAGUAGUACAUGCAAUCUAUUUUUAUUUUCGUUGAA